CGUGUUUUUCAGAAGAAAAGGAGUGUGUAAAUCAUCGUCGCGGUGAUGAACGAGGAUUUUAAUUCGUCCACGAAAAAUUUGACGCGUUUUCGGAGAUCAUAAAUGUUUAUAAGACAAAAUUCUUAUCGUGCUAUGAUGGAAGAGAUCAAACAAAAAACUGAAGCCAUCAGGAAGAAGCAGGAGCCACAGAAGGACGGAACUGAGCCAACAGCCAAAGAGACCUCAUCAUCAUCAUCAUCACACGGCCAAAAUAAGUCAUUGGACUCGAACAUAGAGGCCGCCAUGACACUCGCGCAGCAAAAGGCAGCAGCUUCCAGCUACACAACAGCCACUGGGAUUCAUGUGCUCCUGGUGGCAGCCAUUGUUUUAGUGUCUCUGGUCUGCAUUGGACUCUUGUUUGCUUAUGUCAGGUGCCAACAACAGCGCGAAAGUGUCAUGGCGGAGACUGCGCAUCACGCAGUUUCCAAGAUGCCCGGGCAGACAUAUUCCGUGUCGGAUUCCAUCAUCAGACAAAAUACGAAUAAUAAUAAUAAUAAUAAUGACAGGACAGUGAUGCAGGUGGACCCAGCACAUGUGCCAGAGGUCAUGUCCAUUGUGCCGCCUUCCGAGUGUCAGCCGGGUUUCAUGAAGGACCCCACCGGCAGGUGUCGCCCCAUCGUGUCUGCUGCAUCUCGCACCAAACAAAGCUGAAAGAAGCAAGAUUUCAGCAUGAUUGACGCACCUUUUUUUUAUACCUAUAUACGCAGUACCAUGCAAAAAUUUGAGGCUUAAUAGGACACUUUUGCGACACAUUUUGGUCAUAGAAGAAACUUUUUUUCCUGCUUAUUUUUUAAGAAAUUUGGCAACGCAAUUUUUUCAAAGAAACGUUAAUUUCAAAAUAAACCAAAAUACAAGCUAAAUUUUAGCGAGUUAUCAGCUCGAACUUUUCAAUUAAUCCAAAAUGAAGAAACAGCAUUGCAAAAAUUAAAAGUGAAGUUUCUAGGGCUAUUUUUUACCUCAUCAUCCCCAAAAGUUGUUGAAU